CGUGGCCGCCGACGUGCGCGUUCCCGGUCCGGAUAUCUCGGCUCCUGGAGCUGCGGCCCUUGGGCAAGAGCGGCUUUCUGUGGCGCGCGCCCGCCCGCGACCCCCAGCUUCGGGGCGCGCGCCCCGCUGUUGGGUGGCGGCUGCGCCGCCGCCGCGAGGACGCGCGGGACACCUCUGCUGCGUGGAGCGGCGGCGAGCUGGCGGGCGGCUCGCAGUGUGAGGAAGGUUGUGGGUUGGGCCCUUCCUGCUCUGGUGACGUCCCCGGACCGCCAUGGCCUAGGCCUGGGGAGAAACCAACCGGCUUUGCAGUCUUGCGGUUCCGCUCCUCUAAGAGGCGGGCGAGAUUGCUCGUUCUUCUGGAAGAAUGCAGUGACUUGAGGCCAAUGUGCGGGAAAGGUGCUGCCCUGUUUCUGAAACAGAGCCCUGUAGAAUGUUACAAGUCUUAAGAACUCAGGACAAGCAGCAGAAAUACAUGCAACAUGGUGACUGAUUUAAAAAGCUAUGAGGAGCUAUUGCUAGAGUAGAUGCGAACGAACCAUAAGAGGGGCCCGAGAACCUGACUGGGUAAACAGGAAGAGGCAGGGCUCUGAGGCAGCUCAGAGUUUCUUCUCUUAGUCCAUCUCAUAUUCAAGACCCACUUUGUGGAGCUGCAUGGGGAGCUGGGAAGAGGUAUCAGAAAUUUGAGGAGACCCAAGAAAGGAUGAUUCUGGAACCCUAAGGACUCUGCAAUAUGAAUAAUUCUCUGGAGAACACCAUUUCCUUUGAAGAGUACAUCCGAGUAAAGGCGCGGUCUGUCCCGCAGCACAGGAUGAAGGAAUUUCUGGACUCACUAGCCUCUAAGGGGCCAGAAGCCCUUCAGGAGUUCCAGCAGACAGCUACCACUACCAUGGUGUACCAACAGGGUGGGAACUGCAUUUAUACAGACAGCACCGAAGUGGCUGGGUCUUUACUUGAACUUGCCUGUCCAGUCACCACCAGUGUUCAGCCACAAACUCAACAAGAACAGCAGAUUCAGGUUCAACAGCCACAGCAGGUUCAGGUACAGGUGCAGGUACAGCAGUCUCCGCAGCAGGUCUCGGCUCAGCAGCUCUCCCCGCAGCUCACCGUUCACCAGCCUGCUGAGCAGCCCAUCCAGGUCCAGGUGCAGAUCCAAGGCCAAGCACCACAGCCGGCAGCCCCCUCCAUCCAGACCCCGUCUCUGCAGAGCCCCAGCCCCUCGCAGCUGCAGGCAGCCCAGAUCCAGGUGCAGCACGUGCAAGCGGCCCAGCAGAUCCAGGCUGCAGAGAUCCCAGAGGAGCACAUCCCACAUCAGCAGAUCCAGGCUCAGCUGGUGGCCGGCCAGUCUCUUGCUGGGGGUCAGCAGAUCCAAAUCCAGACCGUGGGUGCCCUUUCCCCACCACCGUCUCAGCAGGGCUCACCCCGGGAAGGGGAGCGACGGGUUGGCACAGCCAGUGUCCUCCAGCCAGUGAAGAAACGCAAAGUGGACAUGCCCAUCACUGUGUCCUAUGCCAUCUCAGGGCAGCCGGUGGCUACUGUGCUGGCCAUUCCACAGGGCCAGCAGCAGAGUUAUGUGUCUUUGAGGCCAGACUUACUGACAGUAGACAGUGCCCACCUGUAUAGUGCCACUGGGACCAUUACUAGCCCUACAGGAGAAACCUGGACCAUCCCUGUUUACUCUGCCCAGCCCCGUGGGGAUCCUCAACAGCAGAGUAUUACCCACAUUGCCAUUCCCCAGGAAGCCUACAAUGCAGUUCACGUCAGUGGCUCACCCACGGCCCUGGCAGCUGUAAAGCUGGAGGAUGACAAGGAGAAGAUGGUGGGCACCACGUCUGUAGUGAAAAACUCACAUGAAGAGGUAGUGCAGACCCUUGCAAACUCUCUCUUUCCAGCACAGUUCAUGAAUGGCAACAUCCACAUUCCAGUGGCUGUGCAGGCUGUGGCAGGCACAUACCAGAAUACAGCUCAGACUGUCCACAUAUGGGACCCCCAGCAGCAGCCACAACAACAAACCCCCCAGGAACAGACACCACCGCCACCACCGCAGCAGCAGCAGCAGCAGCUCCAGGUUACUUGUUCAGCUCAGACUGUCCAGGUUGCUGAAGUUGAACCACAGUCACAGCCACAGCCUUCCCCAGAACUUCUGCUUCCAAAUUCUCUGAAACCAGAAGAAGGGCUUGAAGUAUGGAAAAACUGGGCCCAGACCAAGAAUGCUGAGUUAGAGAAGGAUGCUCAGAACAGACUGGCACCCAUUGGGAGGCGCCAACUGCUUCGAUUCCAGGAAGAUCUCAUCUCUUCUGCUGUGGCUGAGUUGAAUUAUGGGCUCUGUCUAAUGACAAGAGAAGCUCGAAAUGGAGAAGGUGAACCCUAUGAUCCAGAUGUGCUCUACUAUAUUUUCCUGUGUAUUCAAAAGUAUCUUUUUGAAAAUGGAAGGGUUGAUGACAUUUUCUCCGAUCUUUAUUAUGUUCGAUUCACGGAGUGGCUACAUGAAGUUCUGAAAGAUGUUCAGCCCCGAGUCACUCCACUUGGCUAUGUCCUGCCCAGCCACGUGACUGAGGAGAUGCUGUGGGAGUGCAAGCAGCUCGGGGCUCACUCCCCUUCCACCCUGCUGACCACCCUCAUGUUCUUUAACACCAAAUACUUCCUUUUGAAGACAGUGGACCAGCAUAUGAAGCUGGCCUUCUCCAAGGUUUUGCGACAGACAAAGAAGAACCCCUCUAAUCCUAAGGAUAAAAGCACGAGUAUUCGGUACCUGAAGGCACUUGGGAUACACCAGACUGGCCAGAAAGUUACAGAUGACAUGUAUGCAGAACAGACGGAAAAUCCAGAGAAUCCACUGAGAUGUCCCAUCAAGCUCUACGAUUUCUACCUCUUUAAAUGCCCCCAGAGUGUGAAAGGCCGGAAUGACACCUUUUAUCUGACGCCCGAGCCAGUGGUGGCCCCCAAUAGCCCAAUCUGGUACUCGGUCCAGCCUAUCAGCAGAGAACAGAUGGGACAGAUGCUGACUCGGAUCCUGGUGAUACGAGAAAUUCAGGAGGCCAUUGCAGUGGCCAACGCAAGCACCAUGCACUGAGAUGCCUAAGCCAUGGUGCAAGGGAGAUGAUCCAGGAAAAAAAAUGGACAGACUUUCACACUAAAGAAGAGGCCUCCAUUUUUUCUUUUUUUUAUUGGUGUAGUUAUGAAGCCUUUCAGACUGCUUCUGUUUAAAAUGUAAAAGGAAACUUUGCCUCCUGUGCGUCUCCGUAAAUCUGCGCAGAUUCCUCAGCCCCUGGGGGUGCUGGGUUUCCUGAAAAGCCAGAUGUCCUAGAAAGUGGCUGGCUGGCUUUUUCUUUUUUUUGUCUGGGGCCUGGGAAAAGGGCUUGGACUGUUAGGAGAAAUGUGGCCCGUUCCCUUACCCUAGAAAGAUGGAAUUAGUGAUGGAUGGACCCUCCAGGGAAUCUCCCCAGCUGGCUUCCACUCUGACUGGCAGACGUCGCUGACCACAGGGGAGCCACCGUCUUUUUCUUUCUUCAUGCUCAGACAUAAACUUAGCAUCUUAAUGGAAGGAAAAUGAGGGGAACUUCAAUUAUGAUUUAUUAAAGACAAUUUCUAUUACACCCUCCUUUAUGACAAGUGACAUUUUAGAUGUUAAAGUAAAAACUUUACCAUGCCUCUUUUUUUUUUUUUUUUUUUUUUGGCCUAGCAUUGAGGCCUUAAACCUGAGGCUCCUGUGCCUGAUGGAAUUCUUGUAACAUACACUUGUGUAUCAUAUAAAGAUACCACUCUGUUUCUCUUAUGUAUUCUUAAUCUAGUUGUUUAUUAAGAAUGACAAGCACGUCUUUUCAACA